UGAAUGAAGGUGUCUCGCGCCAUUGGAAUUCCGUGGGCGGUGAAAGAGGGGGAGAGAAAGUAAGGAACAUGAUCUAACUUUUUAAUGGCCCGCGCCAGACUCUGGAACCAUAUAUAUAUAGGCUAUAUAAGGGAGGUGAUGGAGAGAUGAUACACAGAACAUCAGGGAGCUGAGCAGGCAUCACCGAUCGCUUUGGGACUCUAAUUAACCACAGAGAGAACUACAUCCCUCACCACUGACAGCCUUACAGCAAAACGCGCAACCGAGAGCUGAAGACAAACUCCAGAUCGCAGACAUCAUGGGACUGCUGCGUGUUGAAGAGCUGGUCACCGGGAAGAGAGGCGAGGGAAAGGUGCCAGGAGGUGCAUGCGCAGAGGUGUUCGCUGCAGGAGAAUAUGAAACCAGCAUCAUUCAGGAGAAACAGGAUGGACUUCAGACACAACAGGACCUGAAUGACAUCAAACCAAGCGAACAGAAUCUCAAACUCAAUGUUGACCGAUCAGGAAAGCUAAAACUAGAAACUGUUGAAGACCUCUUCAACAUUUUGCAGCUGAGGAAGAGGAGAAAGGAAAGGAAGAUUCAAGCAUCAAAGAAACAGCCAGAGCCUGAUAUCCUGCCAGAAACAGUGGACCAGACUUUGUUCCAAAAGGCUGUCACAGAGAAUAAACUGCCUGUUGUUGAGAAAUAUUUAUCAGAUGGUGGAGACCCCAAUGCUUGUGAUCAUUUUAAGCGCUCAGCUCUGCAUAAAGCCAGUGCCCAAGGUUACAUAGAGAUCAUGCAGAAGCUCCUGGAGAGUGGAGCAUCCAUGGAUCAAAAAGACAAGCUGGAUGCCACAGCUGUGCACUGGGCCUGUAGAGGUGGAAGCCUGCCUGCCCUGGAGCUGCUUCUCAAUAAAGGAGCCAAAUUCAACUCCAGAGACAAGCUAUGCAGCACUCCCCUUCAUGUUGCAGUUCGGACGGGACAUUAUGAAUGUGCUGAGCGUCUCAUUCAUUGUGGAGCUGAUGUAAAUGCCAAAGACAGGGAGGGAGACACACCAAUGCACGACGCAGUGAGGAUAAAUAGAUUUAAAAUGAUAAAACUGCUGAUGGUGUAUGGAGCCAGUCUAAAUGCCAAAAACAAUGAUGGAAAGACACCAAUGGAGACUCUGCUUUCAUGGCAAAAAGGUGUGAAAAACAUCCUGAAUAACUUUAAUGAAGAGGAAGCACCAUAUCCAAAUGAACAACUUUUAAACAUCCGUCCCAAUGCUGAAUUGUUAUAAAAUUAUUUUUCUUUCUUUCUUUGUUUCUUUCUUUCUUACAUGUUAAACAUUAAACUGAACAGUACCUUGCAAUUUGCUUAAUGAUGACGCUAUUUGCUGGCGAUAGAGCGUCUGAAAUUUUGAUGAGGUUAUUUGUAAAUAUUGUUUUCUCACUUGUCUCACUUGAUUUUGAGAGCAAAGAAUCUUCGGUGAGUGGCACAAAACAUGAACACGUGUGAGUGGUUGUAUGUUGGUUUGCUUGUUCAGGGUAAUUAUUUAAUAUUAUUUUAAUUUCAUAACUUGUGACUGCAUUUAAAAAAUGUCCAUGGCAGUUUGAUCUACUGGGGAAAUGUCUGGACAGACUGGAGGCGGAACUGUAAAUGUUCAGAAAAGGAACAGAAUGUGAAUGCUGGUCUGAGAAUGUUUAUGAUGGAUAUUAUUGUAAUUGUUUUGUAAUUUUGGACUGGAUUUGUGAAAAACUUUGGCACUGGGUACAUGGAAAUCCCUUAUGAAACGUGCAUUGGU